ACCCCUUUGCAGACGUCACAGCGCUGGGCGGUGUACUUCCUGGUUACUUGGCGCUGCAUGUUGUGGUUGUUGCUGUACAUUUGAUUUAUUUCCCUCACGGAAUGGUACAGUACCGUCUGCGACCAGACCUGAUCGGCCGACUUCGUGUUACGCUCACUCUCCUCGGACUGCCGUAUACCUUCUGUACCUCCGCUGUUGGACCAGCUGUCUCCUGCUCACUGUCCCAUCCUUUGACCAGAACCAGUCAUACCACCAGACCCAUCAGUACCAGUUGCUGUAACCACUUCGUGACUAGUGUGUGGACGAUGCCAUCCUCAGCGGCGCCUCAUGUUCAGUCUAGAUGUCCCGUGUAUCCAGGGUCCAAAAUCAAGCGUUUUCCCGUGCCUGAUGACAAGGUGCACUGGAGCCAGGACUGGCCGCAAUAUAAUCCAGUCAGCUACACUGACCCAGCAGUAUUAAGGAAGCCAGCAUGGGCGGAUCCUGAUAUUGGCUCCUUCUCUCCACAGUUCAACACUGUGGAUGGUGCUGUGGACCGGACGAGCUUUGACGGCAACUACAAAACGGAAAAGGGAAAGCCCCUAAAUCCUCAUGGACGCACAGGGUUGACUGGCAGAGGUUUGCUGGGAAGAUGGGGACCCAAUCACGCAGCAGAUCCCAUCGUCAGCAGAUGGAAAGUAGAUGCGCAAAGAGCAAAGAUGCAUCACUCAGUUUCCAAGCUGCCUAUCCUGCAGUUUGUGUCCAUCAAGAGGAGAGACUGUGGGGAGUGGGCCAUUCCUGGGGGGAUGGUAGAUCCAGGGGAGCACGUCUCUCUCACGCUGCAGCGGGAGUUCUCGGAAGAAGCAUUGAACUCGUUGGCAGUCCCGCCAUCAGAGAGAGCAAAAAUCCAUGAACGCAUCACCAAACUCUUCAAAUCGACAGGGUUUCAGGUCUUUAAAGGCUAUGUGGAUGAUCCUAGAAACACUGACAAUGCUUGGAUGGAGACCGUCGCUGUCAACUACCAUGAUGAAUCAGGCGACAGUGUGAGCGAGCUGCCGCUGCAAGCUGGCGAUGACGCAGGACAGGUCCAGUGGGUUGAUGUUGACUCGUCCUUCCCGCUCUAUGCGAGUCAUUCCGAUUUCCUGAAGCUGGUUGCCAAAGAGAGGAAGGCCCACUGGUAACUAGGGACGAAAGACUCUAUUCUGACAUGACGAUGAAGGAAACAUUAAGAGCCACAUUGCUCUCUGUUUACUGACAGUGCACUUAACCAAUGUGAUUCUUCCCUCACUAAUUUAAACAUAAUAAUCGUAGUUGUAAUUAUGAAAGCCUUAUAUGCACCUAGUUUGACACUUGUACGCAUGUCCUCUGUACAACAUACAGCAAUAUGACGUUUUAGACUGAUAAAGAAGAACUUAUGAAGUGAAUGAACUAACAGGUUGAAAGCUUGGCUGCAGUUUUCAUGAAUAGAGCUUUUGACUCACUGCUUGGACAAAGCUCAACAUGAGACCAUUUUAUAGUCUUGUGUUGAGCUUUGUCCAAGACGCUGCUGAAUGGCACACCACGUUAUUUUUGCUGGCAGAAAUUAUGCUAAUGUAUUCAAUGUUAACAAGAUCACAUUAACCCACCGUGAUCAUGUGAGAACAAACACAAUGAGCGGCUGAUUAUAACACGUACUACAUUAAUUUAAGAGUGAAUGGGGGGAUGGGGGCUACCAAAAUGAAAAAGUGUAGACUCACUUUGAUCUUUAUAUGCGAGUAUAAUAUGAAGAUGUGCUGGAGCUUCCCACACAGCCCACUGAAUCAGAGCACAGACAGGCUGAAGCUAGAGGACGAACAUGUUUUCAAGUGGUAACAGACGGUGGAAGCAAAGGCCAUUUCACACUCAACAGCUUGCCUUACGAAACACAUCAGUACGUGUCAUCUCACUGCUGGGUAUACUUUGUGAUGAAGCCGGGAUGGAGGGUCUCACAUGAGAUAGUUUGUAUCUGUUAGGAUUCAGGAUGCAAACACUAACACAUGGAUGUUUCUGUCAUCAACGGACAACCAAGUUUAUAUUAGUUUUAAUAAUGAGAGAUAGCUGCAUAAUCCUGAUGUUCAUUACUUUGCAAUAACAAAGAGUCUUCUUCUUAAGAUGUGAUCUGAACCUUCAGUAUGCUAUCUCCACCAGGGACUUACUGGAAAGGGAGAUGAUUGUUGCUGUAAUUGGGUUUAUUGAGUAGAAACCUCAUACAAGAAAAACUUAGUUGAAUUAGGUUCACAACAGGUCUAGGGUGCGCCACAAAUCCUAUCAGCCUUUUUUAUUUAGCUGCGUGACGUGAAAUUCAUUUAUAUUAAGGUAUGAUACCAGCAGCUGUGUGUGGUGAGGAUCUACUGUUCCCAGUUCUCCCAGCUCCACUAGAGCAUUUACAGUAGGAGUACUAAUAUAAUUUAUUGUUGCAGGAAGGGAGAGUAUUUCCCAUCCACAUUUCCCCAGUCGUUCUGACAACCUGCCCGUCACAAAACCAUCUAACCUUUGCCUCCAGAGUUCUUAUUAAUGAGUGAUAUUGGCUUGUGAUUAUUGUAAGACAAAAAUGAGUAGAUGGUAGAAUGAGACAGCUUUGUCACUUGGAGAAGUGAAACAAAUUUGGUUUCAAUAUUAUGAUUGAUGUUAUACAUGCAGCUUUGCUGAUUGGAUUUGUCUCUGUGUGGUAUAAUGUGAAAAUGAACCCAGAGGUGUCCACUUACUAACCUUGCACUAAAUUUCUGUGAAAGUGUCUGACACCAAAGAGAUCUUGUGUUUUUUUCUUAUUCAUUAGACUUACUUGAAAUUGUAAAUGAUCAUAUAUUUUUGAGUGGAUUUGUGUAUUUUCUCAUACAGCAUGUGUAUUCAAAAAUGAUUACGCAAAGCUGUAGAUGUAUAAAGUACUACAAAACCAUUAAAAAUUAAAUGAUU